GCCUUCCUCUCGCACACUAUGGCCUUCAGACCGCUGUUACGGCAGCGCGCCGUCCCCGCUGCCAUGGCCGCCGCCAUCUCGACUGGCAUAAUCUUCACUCCCCGGAGAGUCGACGCCGAAGAGCCGCCAGAGGAUCUCUCAAACCGCAAACCCAUCUACGACGAAAUGCCUCUGGACACAACCGAGCCUACGCUGCCCUCGACCACGAAACCCAACCAGACGCCCGCCGAGUCGUACCGCCCAACACCAACCGACCGCCUCGCCGUCCAGAUCGGACAUGCGCGCAUGGCCCUCUACCGCCAGGCCGUCCGUGGUGAGCAGGCCGUCGACAACGCGCUUACACAGACUCUGCGUCUCGAGCAUGGCUUCACAAGCACCGUACGAUCACUAGCACCUCCCAGGGAAUCCGGCGAGAAGAUCUUCCCUGGCGCGCUGUACGUCCUGGUCGCCUCCAUGGCUGGCUCCAUCAUCACGCGCAACCGCAACAUUCUGCUUCGCGCCUCGGUCCCGCUCGCAGUCGGCAUCACCGCCGCCAACGUCGUUCUCCCCAUCACAUCGAAGAACGUAGGCGACCUGAUCUGGACGUACGAGGAGAAAUACCCCGUGCUGGCAGACGCGCAUCUCCGAACAAGGCAAAGAAUCAGCGACUUCAUCGAGACUGGAAAGGCGCACGCAGGCAUGGGAAUCGGCAUGGUCGAGGGCAAGCUGCACGAUACGAAAGAUGGCUUGGAAGAUUGGGUUAGGAAGGGUCGUUGAGCGUGUAUAAUAAGCGAGGCGCCAAAAGCCGUGUUCCUCUCCAGUAAUUGUAUAUUAGUGGUAAGGUGAGACGAUACGAUACCGAGAUGCACCGAACACCCUAAAUUUCAUUUGUUAUGACAUUCUUG